UUCCUCUGUGAAGGGGGCGGAGCAAGAGAGGGCGGUGGAGGGAUCUGGAUCCGGCUUGUCACGGCGCUCGCUGGGGCCGAGGCGGCGAAAUGGUGUACAUUUCGAAUGGACAAGUGUUGGAUAGCCGGAGCCGGGCUCCUUGGAGUUUGUCAUCGAUAACUGACUUUUUUUGGGGAAUAGCAGACUUCAUAGUUAUGUUUUUUCAAAGCAUUAUUCACCCAGAUUUGAGGAGAGGCUACUCAUCUUCCUCCUCUUCAAGAUAUGACGAUGGAAGAGGACCUCCAGGAUUUCCUCGUCGCAGAAUGGGUCGAAUAAAUCACUUUGGUGGUCCAAGUCCCCCACCAAUGGCAGGAGGUGGAUGAGGAAGGUAA